AUGGCUUCUGCGAUCGUAGUUGGUGCCACGGGUAUUCUCGGACGGGAAAUAGUCAAGCAGCUGUCCCAAAGCCCGCAGAAGUGGAAGACUGUUUAUGCACUCUCCCGCAGCAAAAAGGAUGACUACGCUCCCAACGUGGUACACAGCCACAUCGACCUCCUCAGCUCAGCGGACCAGAUGGCCAAAGACCUGAAGGGGUUUGAAGCCGAGUACAUCUUCUUUGCUGCAUACCUGCAGAAGGACACGGAGGAGGACAACUGGAAGGUGAACGGCGACAUGCUGGACAACUUCCUCUGCGCGCUCGAACUCAGCUCGGCCAUCAACAAGACCAAGCGCAUCCUGCUCGUGACCGGCUGCAAGCAGUACGGCGUGCACCUGGGCCAGCCCAAGAACCCGAUGCUAGAGACGGACCCCUGGCUCCGCGACAAUCCGCCGUUCCCGCCCAACUUCUACUACCGCCAGCAGGACAUCCUCCGGGACUUCUGCGAGAAGAAGGGCAUCGGCUGGACGGUCACCUACCCGAACGACGUCAUCGGCUUCGCCAAUGGCAACUUCAUGAACCUGGCGUCUGGCCUGGGCCUCUACGCGGCCGUGUGCAAGGAGCUCGGGCAGCAGGACCUGGCCUUCCCCGGAUCCGAGGUGUUCUACACCAAGUUCGAUAGCUUCACGUCCUCCACGCUGCACGCCCAGUUCUGUGAGUGGGCCGCGACGGAGCCCAAGGCGGCGAACCAAGCGUUCAAUGUGGUCAACGGCGACGUGCAGAGCUGGCAGGACAUGUGGCCGCGCCUGGCGAGGCGGUUCGGCAUGUGCGUGAAGAAGGAUCAGUUCGAGGGGCGGACGGGCCUGGAGAACAGGACGGAGCUGCUGGAGACGCCGCCGCUGAGUGUCAUGGCGGACGAGGUCGGGCUGCAGGGCCGGAUCCGGGGCAGUGUGCUGGAGCAGCGGGUGAGUUUGGCCAAGUGGAGCCAGCAAGAUGAAGUCAAGAAGGCGUGGGAGCGCCUGGCGGAGAGGGAGCAUCUGCAGAAGGAUGCGUUCGAGAAGGCGACGUGGGCGUUCGUGGAUUUCGUUUUGGGGCGGAGUUUCGAUCUGGUGAUCAGCAUGAGCAAGGCCAGAGAGGCAGGGUGGACCGGAUACCAAGACAGCUGGAAAUCGCUCUCGGACGUAUUUGGCGAACUGGAGGCGGCGAAUGUGCUGCCCAAGACACACUGA